GAUCAGGUGGGAGAGAGAGGAAGAGACAGCAAGCUGUGAGAUAAGGAGCGUCUCUAAAAGAUAUGGCCUCCAUUGCUGCAUCAUCCAGUGAGACCUGCUCACUGGAGAAGCAUCUAACAUGCUCCAUAUGCAUGGACACAUUUGACAAUCCUGUCACUACAUCUUGUGGACACUCCUUCUGCGAAAAAUGUUUGAACUCCAACUUUCAGUACAAUGACAAGGUGUGCCCCCUAUGCAAGACACCUCAAGUCAGAAUCCUGAAUGUGAACAUUGUCCUGAGAGACAUUGUCCAACAGCAGAAGGAGAAAAAGACUCAAGAGGAAAACAACGAUGUGUACACUGGGAAGGAUGGCGAAGUGGCCUGUGACGUUUGUAUAGAGCAAAAGCUGAAGGCUAAGAAGUCCUGCCUUGUGUGUCUUGCCUCUUUUUGUUCAACCCACCUGAAGAAUCAUUCUUCGACUGAAAGGCUGAAGGGCCACAAGCUGGUGGCGCCUGUGAAGAACUUGGAUGACAGGGCUUGUCUGAAGCACGGACGCCCCUUGGAGCUGUACAGCAGGAAGCAGCAGACAUGCAUUUGUGUUCGCUGUCUCGAAGAAGGUCCAGAGGAGGUUGUCUCUACUGAGGACGAAUGGGAGAAGAAAAAGGUUAAACUUGAAAACACCAAGAGAGAAUUAGAAGCAAAAAUUAAGAGGAGAGAAACACAACUGGAAGAAAUUAAUACAUCUCUAAAGAGCUGCAAGGACCAGAUGGAGAACGAGUGGUGGGAUAUUGAGGCUGUGUUCACCGCUGUGCUUGCCGUUGUGGAGGAGGCCCAGGCAAGAGCUCUUCAGCCACUGAAGGACAGAAGGCAGGUCGUGGAGAAAGAGGCAGAAGACCUAAAAAAGGAUCUGGAAGCAGAGAUCAGCCGCUUCAAGACGACUAUCUCUGAGCUGGAUGAUAUAUCCGCACUUGAGGAUCACAUCCAUUUCCUGCAGAGUUAUCCAUCUCUUCAAGACCUGGAUGACAUCAAAAACUGGGCAGAGGUAGAGUUCGACACAUCAGUGUCUUUUGGGACCAUGAGAAAAACCUCAGCAAUUAUGAUGGAACAAAUUCAACGGCAUCUGGAGAAGCUGACCCCCAUUGAACUUAAGAGAGUUCCAAAGUUUACAGUGGAUGUAAAGCUGAAUCCAGCCACCGCACACCAACGCCUUGUACUUUCUGAGGAUGGGAAAGAAGUGAGAGACGGAGGCGAGGAUCAGGAAGCUGAUGAUGCACCGGAGAGGUUUGACAUCUAUGGCAGCGUCCUGGGGCUCAACAGCUUGACCUCUGGGAAAUCUUACUGGGAGGUGGAGGUUAGCAACAAGACAGGGUGGGACCUCGGUGUGGCAAGUGGCGAUGCAAACCGAAAGGGGAAGCUCUCACUGAACCCAGACAACGGUUACUGGGUGACCGUACAUUACGAGGACGAAGAGUACGCAGCCCUGACAGCGCCACCGGUUCGUCUUUCCUUGAAAGAGAAACCUGAGACGGUGGGAGUGUUUGUGGACUAUGAGGAAGGUCUUGUCUCUUUCUACAAUGUGACGGCUCAGUCUCACAUCUACUCUUUUACUGAGUGUUCAUUUACCGAUGAGCUUUUCCCUUAUUUCAGCCCACAUGUGAAAAAAGGUGAUAAAAACAGUGAUCCUUUGAUUAUUUCUGCUGUGAAACAAUGUGAACAGGACAUGGACAUGUUCUGAGUAAGACAGGAUAUCAGGUGGAGGGGGAAUUGGUGGUGAGCUUGAAACUAACAGGAGCCGGUCAUCUGUAAAAGUCUGGGUUGAAUAAAUGAUGAUUACACAACAAGGUGUCAUGACACAAACAAAAAAACAACAAACAAACAAACGUUUCUUUUUUUUAAUCUAAAAAUGAAAAUGCAAAUAAAAUCUCAAGUUUAAAACUAAAUCAUACUGUAUGACUUUAAUUAACCACAAAUUUGUAUUUCCAGGGGUUUAGAGGUGAAGGGAAUCAUGGCGUGUGAAUGCCAUGAUCUUUGUGUGUUAUUUAAUGCCACGUCAUUUCUUUACUGACUAAGCCCUCCCCCAACCC